CUUCCUCCCGGAAGCGGGUCUGGACGGAUGUCUACUGCGCGUCCGUGUGCGGGGCUGAGGGCCGCGGUGGCGGCCGGCAUGGGGCUGAGCGACGGUCCGGCGGGCUCUGGCCGCGGCUGCCGCCUUCUACGCCCUCCCGCGCCCGCUCCGGCGCUGCCAGGGGCCCGGCUGCUGCGGCUUCCGGAGAGCGAGGUCGUGGAGGCCGCAAGCCCCGAGCGCUCCGGUUGGACGGAGGCGCUGCGGGCCGCCGUGGCCGAGCUGCGCGCCGGCGCCGUGGUGGCGGUCCCAACUGACACGCUGUAUGGUCUGGCCUGUUCGGCGAGCUGCUCGGCGGCCCUGAGCUGCGUGUAUCGCCUCAAAGGCCGCAGUGAGGCCAAGCCGCUGGCCGUGUGCCUGGGCCGCGUGGCCGACGUCUACAGGUACUGUCAGGUGAGAGUUCCUAGGGAGCUCCUGGAAGACCUGUUCCCAGGACCUGUGACCCUGGUGAUGGAACGCUCAGAGGAGCUCAACAAAGACCUGAACCCCUUUACUCCUCUUGUUGGCAUCCGGAUUCCUGACCAUGCCUUCAUGCUCGACUUGGCUCAGAUGUUUGGGGGACCACUUGCACUCACUAGUGCCAACCUCAGCUCCCAGGCCAGUUCUCUGAGUGUUGAGGAGUUCCAAGACCUCUGGCCUCAUUUGUCCCUUGUCAUUGAUGGGGGACCAAUUGGGGAUAGUCAGAGCCCUGAGUGUCGCCUCGGCUCUACUGUGGUUGACUUAUCUGUACCUGGAAAAUUUGGCAUUAUUCGCCCAGGCUGUGCCCUGGAAAACACCACAGCCAUCCUCCAGCAGAAAUAUGGGCUGCUCCCUUCACGGGGGUCCUGUUCAUGAAAUUUGGGAGGACCCAAGGACCAUGCUGGAUACUAUGUGUCUGCUACUGGUUGACAAAGCCUCAUUGGCUGAGGUCCUGGAGCUACGUCUAUAGCCUACCUUUUUAGGCAGCAUCCUUGGCGCUGAGUCUUGUAGGCCAGCCAGAAGCUGCAGGGUGAGCCUUGCACCCAGGGGAAGGAUAUAUCUGUAGAUUGAUUUGUCAACCAAGAAUUGAAGGGAGGGAAGAACAUUCUUAGAGUGGGCUUAUUAUUUUAAGUGCCCCCUCUCACCGCCACCCCCUUUAAGUUAAGUAACUUGAGUACAGAAUUAGAAUGCAUUAAUAGCUGCUUUCCAGGAAACAGUGACAUUUGGUGUCAAACCAGUGGGAAGCACUAAUGCAGUCUAGAAGUGGUAGGACCAGUGCAGCAAAGUCUAGGAGCCCAGGCCAUAGCUUUCUGGGUACAGGGGAGUGGUCAUUUGGGGGAAGUGAUUCUAGGAGUCCCAAGUGAAAUAUUGAAAAAUAAAAUGUUGACUGUUUUCAGCCAGUGACUUUCUUAUUUAUUGGUAUAGUUCUUUGUGUAAUUUAUUUAGCUUCAUUGUUUAUGCAGAAGCCUUUUGUCUUUGUUCAUAUGCCUACCAAGUAUUUAACAUAAUUAUUUUUCGGGUAUUUGAGCUGUAUUUUUUUGUUAUUAAAUAUUGCUUCUACAAACA